GUGCGUGUUGAAUAACUUACCCUUUUUGACGAGCUCUUUGGCUCAUCUUUUGCGACUCAGUGGAAACAGUGUAGAAAAAAACUUCUGCUUUACACAGAUCUACAUCGUUGGAGAGUUUUGGUACCAAGGAUUUGUUUUUACCGGUCGACUGUUAUUCUCGUGAAGCGUUUCAAGGUUGUGGGUUUUGUCGUUUUUCUUCGAUCUCAAAAUUAGUUAUCGUUGUCAGUUUGGCUUGGUUAUGUGAGCUGACGGGUUAGUCUUAAGGCCUCGAUUUUCGUCUGUAUCCUCAAGGAUCAGAUGAUAAUUUUUUUAACAGAAUCUGUAGAGGCCUUACAUUGGUCAUGUGUGUCAUUCGUCGUCAUUUUGGAUGCUUGGCAAAGCAUUUGUUAUGGUAACGAUCUCUUAGUCGUAAGAUGUCUUUAUUCAACCAUGUUAGAACGCGUCAAAUCACUACUAAGUCUCUUAAAGAGCCGCUUGUGACUGAGAUCAAAACUAGACGGAUCCCGAACUUAUUAAAACAAAGGGAAAUUUCAUUAGGAAGAACAGAUAAAGUAUUUGCAUCACGAUGGUUGGACGACAAGAAAGUGGUCUGUGGCACAAAAUCAAACGAGGUGAGACAACCAACUGAUGAUAAUUUUCUCAAUAAUAACCUUAUUACACCUUUAAUCAAAACUAUGACAAAAUUCUCGAAUGUGAUUGGUCAUCACCAGCCUGAUUUGAGCUCUAAUAGGACAGUGUAUGCAUCAUGCUUGUAAUUGGACAAUGUAAUAGGACAGUUAAAGGGACGGUUAACACAUCAUGCCUAUGUAAGUGGACAGAACACGUUAUGAGCACACUGUUGUCUCACAUUUCACCAAGUUAACUGUUGAUUUUUUUAUGAAACAUACGACCGAUUUCUAGUUUCUUUCUCAAAUUUUGUCAUAGUUUUGAUUAAUUGGUAACAGUUCUUUGUGUCAUCCAAUUCUGUCUGUAAUCAUACUUGUAAUUAACAAAUUGGACUCCCGCAUGACAGUCAUCUGAUUUUGUUUAUCACUCAUAUGAUUACAGACCAAAUUGGACUCUACUUGGUCCUAUUACCAUAAUUAAUAUUGCACUUACCCCAUCAUUAGUUAUUAGAAGAAUUAUUCAGAGGAUGACAGGAUGCUUUCCUGUUUGAUCAGUAUAGGUUCUUACAAUGUCUCAUUGUAAGUGCCCCAUUUUUUUUUGGUUACCAUCUUGAGGGAUCAGUUUUCAAAAAAGGCUGCCGGGCAAUUAUCACAUAUUUGUCUCUGUAGUUAACAGAUAGAUUGCUUGUUUCUGUGUGUCUGUACAGAAAUCUAUCUCAGAUUACAUUAAAAUGUGGUGAGAACGAAAUGGUUGCACACAGGGUACAGCAGAGUAUGUCACUGAUGUUCUUACCACCUUUUGGGUUGUUCUGUGAUCUAUUACAGUGUAAAAAUCCAUGCUGAAAUUGGAUCUACAUGUUUCAUAUGAUUAAAAAGCAAAAUGUUGUUAAUGUUGAUCUCAUCUUUGUGUCUGUCCUCUGAUUGAUCAUAAGUAGGAAUCAAUCAAAAUAUGGGUUGUAUUAAGCUUAUCACAUAAAACAUAGUUGGUUAAGAUGUGAAUGAAAGAAAACAAACUGCAAUUACUCUCAGUGAUGACUACUUUGAUCAUUUAAUAUAUAACAAUGUUUCUCUUUCUAGACACAGUCAGUGUUGCUCAUGUUGAAUUUGGUUGCUAUCUAGCUUGAUGUGUGAAGCUCAGUUGGAAAAGUGUAUUAGUUUCUAAAGACCAUUGUGGAUUUAGAAGGUUUUCUAGCCUGACCCUUUGGGGUCUUACUUUUGCAGUUACUAUAGUUAUCACAUUCUUUUCAGGAAUUCAUAUUUAAGACUUCUUUCUCUUUUUUUUAGCUUCUUGUGUUGGACAUGUUUUCGGAUUGGAUUCUCUCUAUACCAGUUUUAGAGGGUAGUCCUGGUGGCGAGGUUCCUGAAUUCAACUGUGGAAUACAUAGCAUUGAAAUAAGUCCUACAAAAACAUUAUUAGCCACAAGUGGUCAAAAUCCAAAUCAUCUAGCAGUCUACAGACUGCCAACAUUUGAUCCAGUCUGUGUUGGAGAGGUAUGUAUUCUGACUAUCUCUUUUCAUUUUGGGCCAAAAAAACCAGACAGUCCUGAGCAUGGAAAAUAGGUGGGAUCCAAGAUAUCCCUUUGUUGUAUAGUAGUGACAAUAUGGGUAGUGAAGCUAUGAUAUUUAGGUAUUAUUCACAGUUAUCAUAAUGGAUAUGACCUCAAUCUUUGGAAUAAUGAUAUUGUUACAUUUUACUUAUCUUCAAGGGACACACUGACUGGGUGUUUUCUGUGGAAUGGAUUGAUGAUUUUCAUUUAGCAACAGGUAAAUUUAUGACAAAUUUUGCAUUAGAAAAAUAGGACAAAUAUUGCUCAUAAUCAGAUAGCUCACUUUUUUCAUUUAUUUGUGUAGUAUAUUGCAACAGUUAAGGUGGCUCUUAAAUUUAAUAGAACAAGUAAUUUCUGUAAUUUUUUGUCUUUCUGAGCUGCCAUCAUUACAUUUUAUUUGUCAACAUCACAGUCAUCAGUGGAGCUUUCUGCUUACUUCAGAAGCCUAAGGAGAGUUUCCAUGACUACAAUAUGAACUGUUUUUUUAGGAUCAAGAGAUGGUAGCAUUGCCUUGUGGUGUAUUCAAGAUCCCGCCAGUCAGUCAGGAGACAGAAGUCAGUUAAAACUGAUUAUCAAGCAUCCUGCAAGCAAACUCCAAAGUACUUUACCCCAUUUGUUUGGUAAAGACAAGAUCAGGGAUAUUGUUUAUGAUAGAAACUCCCAGGUGAUUUUGAUUUGAUAGGUAUUGCAAAGUAAAUAGAAGUAACAAAAAUUGUUAUGAUAGUGAAAAGGCAAAAACUUGGUGUAGCUCCCUUCCAAAGGCUGUUCAGCACUUGUAUCAAGUUUCAGAAAAUAGAGAGGAGUCAAGUCUUGCAUUAUGAGUUGCAAAAGCUGAUAUUGUCAGUUUGAGGAAAAAUAUAAUUGCAAAUAGUUUUGUGCAAUCUGCAGAAGCCUAAUGGUAAUUACGCUGAACUUUGGAUUUUGAACUUUGAGCCCUUUGUAGAUUAGUGUGAUGUCUCUUGGGUAGGACCACCAAUUGAUAUUGCCUCUCUCUAACCAAAGAUUUACAUGGGUAACGGUUUAGAUGGCCAUACCAUCCCUUGAGGAAAAGUGGGGUUACUGAUACUAAGCUUAAGUGGUCUGAGAUUCUUUAACCCUUUAAAUCCCAAAGUCUGAUUGCUAAUUCUUUCCUCUAGCUGCUACACAAUUCCUUUUGACUUAGUUACAAGAAUUUGGUGUUAAAUCAAGAGAACAACCUCUACCUGAUAAGUUUGUGUAUUCUCAAUACCUGUUUUGUGGAUAAUGUAUGGAUAUUGUAGGAAGAAGUUACAUGUUAAUCAUUUCUGGAAAUUUAAGGGUUAAUCCUAAGCAAUCUUUGCUAUGGAUCAAUAAAAGUCAAUAAUUCAUGUCUUAUUUUCUCAGACUCUUAUUUCCUUAUCUUCACGUGGCUAUGUACAUCUCUGGGACAUGAACAACUGCCAAGUGGUGGGUCCUUUUUGAAAUUAUUGCACCAAUUUAUUUGAUAUGAUUUCAGUUAUUUUAGAGUGAUGUUCUCAGUCAGAGUUCUAAUGACUCCUUGUAAUUGACCUUUGUCUGAGCAGGUAUUGUCCAUGCCAUAAUUUACAACAUCUUCCUCUUUUUUUGUUUUACUUAAGAGAAGUACUUACUCACUGAAGUAUCCAAUGGAAACAGUAUGUCUUGCACUGGAGAGAGACAACAAUUUAUUUGCAGUUGGUUCACAGUCACAUGUUUCAUUUUAUGAUCCAAGGUCUGGGACUGCUGUAGGAUACAUAGGAUCACGUGACCCAGGAGCAGGUGAGUCGAGGAGGGGUGGGAAAGAAACCUUAAGUUUGGAAGGGGUUCUGGAAACCUGCCUUUCUUUCCAGGCUGCUUAAUCAAGGCAAUCGAGUCUCGAAGCACUGAUCAAUAUUACUGCUUUGGCUUGCCUACUGCUUUGUUCUUUUGUUUUUUACCUUGCUCAAACACUGUGAAAUUGAAAAAAAAUUCUUUGGUCAUUGCAAAUAGUUGAUAAAAGCACAAAUUUCUUUCAUAGGUGUGCGUUCAUUGAGUUUCCGAGAUCUAUUGCUGACUGUUGGUACCGGAUGCGGGUCUCUAUUUUUCUUCGAUAUGAGAGCUUAUAAAUUCCUCAGAAACGCAGAGAGCACAAUGAUCUGCUUUAAAUCAGGAAAAGGCUGGCUGGUAAGAAAGUCGACAAUGUUCUCUGUUGCAAGCUUAAAUUUAAAAGAGGCUUAAAUUUAUAGAAAACCGCUUCAAGUUGGGCACAGACACAAAAAAACAAACACAUUGGGGUUGGUAGAGCUAGGAAACGAACAGACUGGUUGUGAGACUUAGUGAGCAGGCCGCGAAAUCAGACGUAAGCGUCAGAAGUCGGACAGAAGCAUCAGAAACGGGUCAAAACUGUUCGAAAUCCGAUGGAAGUGUCUGAGAUCGGCCGUUUCAGUCCAAUAUUGGGCUAAAGUACGCUUAGCGACACGGGAUCGUCUAAAAUUUGACGGGAGCAUCCGAAGUCGAUCGGAAACGUGGAUAUUCUUCUUAACUAAUUUUCUUUUGUUUGCUGUUUUUAGCGGGAAGAGUUUCAGGAUCCAUUGGAUGAUUAUGUGUUGGAACAUGCACUUGUCUGUCGGAGCAAUGCUGUCUACACCCACUGUUAUGAUCCAACUGGUACCAAGCUCUUCGCGGCCGGAGGGCCACUUUCUCUCGUCUAUUAUGGUAACUACGCAGCUCUUUGGGAGUAGCACCAGGUACGACAUUUCACCGAGUGAUUCUUCUCUUGCCUUGUCAACGGGGUAAUGUUACCGAUCACCUGUGAUGUACCUACACCUGGAAACGUUAUGGACAAGGAACCUCUGUAUCCAUAGUGACCUGGGCUAACAAACAACGCGGUGCUACUUGGAGACUGAAACACUUCAUGAACCCUCGAGCUUGCAACGACUGGGAAGGACUGUUAGCUGAAACAUGCCAACCCUGACUUGACUCCUUAAAUUCCUUGAAUUUUAAAAGAAAAUAAUAAUUUAUAAAUCAGGUAAAUUAUUAGGAAGAAGAUCAAGUCUACAGUAUAAUACUUUCUUAAGACAAUCGUGUGUUCGAAAUUCCACGUGUUAUAUUCAACAAUACUUAAGUGUAUAUAUAAAUGGGGAUAUCAAAGCUACAGGUUUCAACUGAGUGUUGAACGCGAUCCCAGAUUGUGAAGUACUGCUUACUUUCUCGCUCUGGGAUUGGUCGAAGUUGCAGAAUGCUCAAAUCAGAUUGAUAGUUA